UCCGUCACCAUCACUGAAACUCAGACUGUAAGCUGUUGCACUAAUCUUCCAUUGCAGUGCUCCUCGGAAGCUCGGGGUUCGUAUUCUUUUCUCACCUCACUAGAUACGCACAAUUCAGAAGCGUAUAGGGAAUUCGCACAAUUCCGAAGCUUACCGGAAUACGGCGAAAUGAUUAUGGUCCGAUUGAAUUUGACGACUACAGAAGAUCCAUCUUCAUUCUGGAAGCUUUGAGUUGGCAAAUUUCGUAGGAAUUUGAAAUCUCUCGAUGAUCCGCGCUCAGAACGGCGAUUCAGUAUGUAACUCAGGUGUUGGUGGGGUUUGCAUGAUGAGUUGCAAAUGGAGAGACGAACAACACCCAUCCUUCAUAAACUUUAUAUCCUGCUUCCUGAGUGCAAAUUCCUUCCGGUUAAACUUUGUGCCAAUUGCACCUGAUUUCAUUUUUAACUGUGGGGGUUUAUCGCUGGCUUUCAUUUUCGUGAUAAAUUAUGACUGCGACAAUCCUGGGCCUAUUUUUAGCAGAGCUGAAAAACUGAAGAGUCAAUUUGCACAUCUCUAUGUGGUGAUUACCCUUCCAACAAAGGAGCAGAAUGAUUCUUUUGUACACUCUUAUUUUAGAUAUGGUAUGGAUAUCGGUAGGCCGACCUUUAUUCCAGCCCUAGAUCUAGAGAUGGGUUUCGAGAAGAUUGUAAGAAUAGCACAUGCUCGUGGAGUGUGCAAGAGGCAGGAUGCCAUAUCCAAAUUGAAAGCGGAGAAGGAGAGGUCGGUCCAAGGGAUGGAUGUGUUUCUCAGAGUGGUCUCCUCUAUCCCCCGUCUUGAAAGCCAUGACGCUAAUGCGCUAAUUCAAACGAUAGGAUCAAUCGAAGCAAUUGCUAAAGCAUCGAAGGAGAACAUUCUUAACAACACCGACGUUUCAUCAGAAAAAGCCGAGAUGAUCUCAAAAUUUUUCAGAGAUUGCAAGGUCUAUCUCAGCCCCAGAAUUAGUUGACCCGACUGUUGCAUUUGGUAAGAUAGAUUUUGCACUUACUUUCCGUAUCAGAAUCUUGUGGCGACCAGAGUUGCACGGGUCGCCAUUUUUUGAUUUUAGACUUUCCGAACUGGAAAAAUCCUAUUUUGAUGUUAAUCAACUCUCCGAUGCAUAUACUUAACAAGUCAGGAAGCCUAUUUCAGAAGCUUUAGGAAGAGUUUAGAGACAAUAACUGAUUUUCUGACAUUAGAUACUAGAAUACACAAUAAGAAAACAUGUAUGCAACUUUAGUGCCUGAAAAGAAAGAGAGAUACACAAGAACAAAAUGCAUCUGUAGUAUGCUCGUUAACGCAAGACCAAAAAAAUUUGUACACAAAUUGCCGAUAUUUAGAGUUUUGAUAUCCGGGUCUAUUGUAAAAACGCUUUUCCCAUCAUCGUUUAGUUGAUCUUUCUGUUUCUA